AUGGAAGCUAAUGAGAUCACCAAGAAGUUCUUAGAAGGCAAAGAGAAGAGGGCCCAGGACAGAACCCGGGAUGCCUACAGCUCAGGGGAGCAGAGCCUGGAUGAAGAGAUGGUAGAAGAAAAUAUGGAGACCCCAGUGGAAGAGCUGCCACCAUACCUGCGAGAGGAUCCCCCUGAAGAUCCAAAUGAAGCCCCCGGGCAGCUGGAGGAGCGAGGAGGGGUGAUCUGGAGAGUGACGGGGGGGCUCUUCAGCAUCACCAAGGGAGCCGUGGGGGCCACGCUAGGAGGAGUCGCCUGGGUGGGAAGCAAGAGCCUGGCGUUCACCAAGACGGCCGUGACCACGGUGCCCACGGCCGGCAUGGGGCUGGUGAAGGGCGGCGUGUCCGCCGUGAGCAGCGGCGUGGGGGCCGUGGGCUCCGCCGUGGUCGGGAAAGUCCCUUUCGCUACCAGGAAGAAGGAUAAGUCUGACUAG